AUGGUUGCUUUAAUUCAAAAACCAGCUCCAAAAUUCAAGAAAACUGCUGUCGUUGAUGGUACUUUCGAAGAAAUCUCUUUAGAUCAAUACAAGGGUAAGUGGGUCUUGUUGGCGUUUAUUCCUUUGGCUUUCACUUUCGUCUGUCCAACUGAAAUUAUCGCUUACUCUGAUGCUAUCAAAAAGUUUACAGACAAGGAUGCCGAAGUUUUAUUUGCAUCAACUGACUCCGAGUACUCCUUGUUGGCAUGGACUAAUGUUGCUAGAAAGGAUGGUGGCUUGGGCCCAAUUAACAUUCCGUUACUUGCCGAUACCAACCAUACUUUGUCUAAGGACUAUGGUGUUCUUUUAGAAGAAGAAGGUGUUGCAUUGAGAGGUAUUUUCUUAAUUGACCCUAAGGGAAUCUUGAGACAAAUCACCAUUAAUGAUUUACCAGUGGGUAGAUCCGUUGAAGAAUCUUUGAGAUUAGUAGAGGCUUUCCAAUUCACUGAGAAAUACGGUGAAGUUUGUCCUGCUAACUGGCAACCAGGUUCUGAAACCAUCAAGCCUGAAGUUAAGGACUCAAAGGAGUACUUUGGUAAGGUUAACAAGUAG